AGGCUCCAGGGUGUUUCCGGACAGCGGGCAGAGUCUAGCGGCGCUGGCAAGAGCGAGCUCUGCCGCCGUAACCAGGCGACCGGUGCACAGAAAAGAUGGCGGCUGCAGGCACCGAACAACAACAACGACUCCGUUCCGGUUCUGGCAAGAUGGAUGCAAAGAAUUUGAAUUCUGGUCCCAUCUCUGUACUUAUUACUGAGUCACAGUUUGCCCAGCGGUUCAGGGGGUAUUUGGAGAGAGAGAGGAUUCUGGAUGUCUGCCAUCGUGUGCAAAAGCUCCUGGAUGGCACAGUGGCAUUGCCUGUGCUGGGAGAGAAACUCACUGCGCAGCACCUGCAGGAGCUGCGGGAGAGCCUGCCCCCUGACACGACAUGCACACUGACAUGCAUCCAGAACCCCCUUCCCUCGAAGGCAGCACGAGUCCAGUCGCCCGCCCGGAAGCUGUGCAGGGAGCUGCAGCGUUUAGUGUCAGACUCUGGGGGCAGGUGGUCAGAUGAGCUGGAGGACGAUCUCCCUCGUUUCUGGCAGCGGCAUGGAGACCUUGUCCUGCUGAGCAAGGAUAGCUUCAGGGCUGCAUUGUGGAAGGAACUGGGACUGGAGCUCUGGGAAACAGUUGCUUCUGCUCUGGGUGCCCGACGCAUAGCCAAACAAGGGCGAAUAUCACCAGAUGGGGUACGAUCCCCCACAGUGACCCUGUUGCUGGGGCAGGAUGGCUGGGUGGAGCAUGUGGACAAUGGAAUCAGAUACACGUUCGAUGUGACCAGGUGCAUGUUCUCUCCUGGAAACAUCACAGAGAAGUUGCGGGCGGCAUCGCUGCCAUGUGCCGGGGAAGUGCUAGUGGAUCUCUAUGCAGGGAUUGGCUAUUUCACAGUGCCGUAUCUGGUUCAUGCCGGUGCUGCCUUUGUCCAUGCCUGUGAGUGGAAUCCCCAUGCUGUGGAGGCCCUGAGAAAGAACCUUGAGCUGAAUGGCGUGCAGGAUCGGUGUCAAAUCCACCAAGGGGAUAACAGGCAGCUAGAGCUGCAGGACGUGGCCAACAGGGUGAAUCUGGGGCUGCUCCCCAGCUCAGAGGAGGGCUGGCCUAUCGCCUGCCAGCUUUUGCGGAAGGGCACAGGGGGCAUUCUCCACAUCCACCAGAACGUGGAGUCCUUCCCAGCGAAGGCUCAUUUGCACAGUGGCCACUUGGAGGAGCAGCAGCUGCAGCAAUGUCCAGAGCAAGCUGUAUCCAACAGGCAGGAGGACAGAAUGGGCCAAAGGAACCGCAGGAGCCCAAAGGAUGCUGACAUCAUGGAUUCUGGGAGGGAGACCCAGGCAGCUGCCACCAGGGCCAAGUGGCAGAGGUGGGCAGAGACCACGGGAGCGCGAAUCAGGGUUCUGCUUCAGCAGCUGCAUGGGAAGCCUUGGAGGACAAACAUUCUGCACAUUGAGCCAGUGAAAUCCUACGCACCCCAUGUGUAUCACAUAGUCCUGGAUCUGGAGUGCCGCCCCCUCUCUUAGUUCACAGGGGGAGAGUGGAGUGCACCCUUGAGAUCCCCAGGAAUGUCGCCCUCUCUGAUAGCAAACACUCAGGGGAAACUCCGGGCCCAAGCCUGAGAAGUGCACAAAGCCUACACAGAGUUGAGUGCUCCCAGCUGGCACCCUGUGAACUGGUUCAGUCUGACAUUGGUCUUUGCCUUUGUCUCCUGGAACCCCUCAUCUCUCCAGACUGGCGUGUAACUGCUUGACCUGACCAUCAUGGUGCUCCCUGCAGCUGGUGCAUUCCCUACUCUUUGUGAUCUUCACUCUAUUUCCAUUUCCUGCAACCAGGUAAAACAUUUGUUGUAAGUUUUAUCUGCAUGGGUCAUGUCUUGCUGUUUUUCCCAGCGGGAUGGCAGAGUUCUCCAGCACUCAGCUCCAAACUCUGUUCUCACCACUGAUUCCAGCAAGAGACCUGGGCAUAUAAACUUAGCAGAAUGUCUGAGUUCAGAUUCACCAGUUGAGCCAGAGAGCAUCUCAGUCCUGCACAGAGACUGCCACUGGUGCCAGGCUGUGGGCAAAUUGUGGCUCUGUGACCACUAGGGCCUAGGCUGAGCCCUUUGUGAUCUAAUCAGAAAACGCUGAGUGCUUUGCUCGUGGUAUUCAUCUGUUGUGGACAUGUGAAGAGCUCCAGGAUGUAGUGCAGUCCCUGUGAGCUGACCUUGCUCCCUCCACUGCUGUCCUGGUCUAUUCCUAAUUACCGCACUACAGUCCUGAUCUUGCAGUGAGCCCCCGUACAGGCAGAUCCCCACUGAUAUAAGUGGGGCUCAGUGUGGAGCCAAUUGUGGGAUCGGGCCCUAUGUACUUUAUCACAACAGGUAUGAACUUUCCUGUUUCUUAGCAUCUAAGCGGGCAUGUUCAUGCUUUUGUUCCAAGCCUGGAUCUGAAGUUGCUAUGAUGUUUGCCCACAAGUUUCAGGAAGCCCAGGCAAGCAGUUCUUCUGCUACUUCUUGGGAUUUUUGGCCUGUCUCUGUUUAAAAUAGUGAGAAAUGAAUGAAUGUAGUGCUACUGAAAGGUGCCAAACUGAGAUCCCUGGAGACCAGAGCCUCUCCCCACAGAACAGGUGUAGAGUCAGUGCAAGAUUUCCCCACCCAGCAAUUCUGCCUCACUCCUGCCCUGGAUGGAACAUAGGAACUGCCAAACUGGGUCACGCCAGUGGUGUAUUGUAGUCUCCCAUCUCUAACAGUGGCCAAUGCAAGCUGCUGCGGAGGAGGGUGCAAGAAACCCUGCAGAAAGCAGUUAUGAAAUAUCCUGCCCACAAUAAUAAUUGCUUCCUAAUCCCUGUAUGUUAGAGGCUGGUUUGUGCCCUGAAGCAGGAGGUCUUAAAUCCCUUCCAAAUCUCUGCAUUAUUUGUAACCCUCACCAUUCUAACUUGUGAUGCCAAUCCUUGCUGAGGUCAGUGAGAUCUUGUGGCGGUGAGUUCCACAGAUGAAUUGUGUAAUGUGUGGAAAAAGUAUUUCCUUUUUAUCAAUUUUUAAUUCACCACCUUUUGCUUUCAUUUUGUGUCCCCUUGUUCUUCUACGGUGAGAGAGGGUGAAGAAAAGCUCCUGACCUGCCUUCUCAAUACCAUUCAUUGCCACCUCCUCUCCAGUGAUUAAUGCUAGGAGGGUAGCUGCCCAUUUAAUCCUUGGCCUUGAUAUAGAAACUGCCAAAUAGGAAGCUAUUUGGGAUGUUGGGCUUUUCAAAGGGGCCACGUGUUCACUAGGAACUGAACUGGAACCACCACAUUGAUUUCACAUAACCUACUGCUCAGCAGCCAUGCAGUGGCAAUGACUUCUAGUUACUGCUGACCGAGACUGCAGUCAGGCCUGUGACUAAGAGGAGAAAGGCUCCGGAUCUCUCUUCCAGUUGCUACUGACCUAGGCUGCAGUCAGGCCUGUGACUGAGAGGUGAAAGGCUCCGGAUUAGGGCUGUUGAUUAAUUGCAGUUAACUCACACGAUUAACGAAAAAAAUUAAUCGCGAUUAAAAAAAUCAAUCACAAUUAAUCGCAGGUUUAGUCGCACUUAAACAAUAGAAUACCAAUUGAAAUUUAUUAAAUAUUUUGGAUGUUUUUCUACAUUUUCAUAUAUAUUGUAUUCUGUGUUGUAAUUGGAAUCAAAGUGUUUAUUUUUGAUUACAAAUAUUUGCACUGUAAAAAUGAUAAACAAAAGAAAUAGUAUUUUUCAAUUCACCUUAUACAAGUUCUGUAGUACAAUCUCUUUGUCGUGAAAGUGCAAUUUACAAGUGUAGAUUUUUUUUUGUUACAUAACUGCGCUCAAAAACAAAACAAUGUAAAACUUCAGAGCCUACAAGUCCACUCAGUCCUACUUCUUGUUCAGCCAAUCUCUCAGACAAACAAGUUUGUUUACAUUUACAGGAGAUAAUGCUGCCCUCUUCUUAUUUACAGUGUCACCAGAAAGUGAGAACAGGUGUUCGCAUGGCACUUUUGUAGCUGGUAUUGCAAGGUAUUUAUGUGCCAGAUAUACUAAACAUUUGUUUGCCCCUUCGUGCUUCAGCCACCAUUCCAGAAGACGUGUCCGUGCUGAUGAUGCUUGUUAAAAAAAAAUAAUGCGUUAAUUAAAUUUGUGCUGAACUCCUUGGGGGAGAAUUGUAUGUCCCCUGCCAUAUAUUUCAUGUUAUAGCAGUCUCGGAUGAUGACCCAGCACAUGUUCAUUUUAAAAACACUUUCACUGCAGAUUUUACAAAAGCAAAAAAGGUACCAAUGUGAGAUUUCUAAACAUAGCUACAGCACUCAACCCAAGGUUUAAGAAUCUGAAGUGCCUUCCAAAAUCUGAGAGGAAUGGGGGUAUGGAGCAUGCUUUCAGAAGUCUUAAAAGAGCAACACUCCGAUGCAGAAACUACAGAACCCAAACCACCAAAAAAGAAACCAACCUUCUGCUGGUGACAUCUGAUUCAGAUAAUGAAAAUGGACAUGUAUUGGGUCUGCUCUGCUUUGGAUCGUUAUUGAGCAGAACCCAUCAUCAGCAUGGAAGCAUGUCCCCGGGAAUGGUGGUUGAAGCAUGAAGGGACAUUUGAAUCUUAUUUACAUGCCAGAUGUGCUAAUCUUCUGACACCGGCUACAACAGUGCCAUGGGAACUCCUGUUCUCACUUUCAGGUGACAUUGUAAACAAGAAGGGGGCAGCAUUAUCUCCUGCAAAUGUAACCAAACUUGUGUGUCUGAGCGAGUGGUUGAAUAAGAAGUAUGACUGAGUGGCUUUUUCCUUUCCCGAUUCAUCUGAGUUACCUGCCCAAAUCAAAGAUGGUCGCUGUGUGCGCUGAGCCCUGGCAAAGGGGGAGAGUGGCAGCAAGAAUCAGCUACCUUAGCUGCUCCAGGUCAGCUCUGUGUUUUCCUCCAAAUGUCAUUUGCUGUUCCUUUGUGGAGUUCUUAUGCUUGAAGGGGCUGCUCCCUCUACACCUUGGGAUCUUGUUGGCUAGGCACAUAGUUUUGGGAAGGCAAGCUGAUGGGGGAGCCCAAUGGUGUCACAAGCCGGUGUGUCACCAUGGGAGGUAGACAGUCA